AGGAAGCGGCGGAUCCGGCGGCGGCGGCGGCGGCGGCGAGGGCCCGGGUGGGUGACCGAACUUCUCCCGCCAUGGAGGGCGCAGCAGCCCGGGAGGCCCGGGGGGCCGAGGCCCCGCGCGCGUCUGCGCCCCCGCCCGCGCCCUCGGAGCCCCCGGCUGCGCCCCGCGCCCGCCCGCGCCUCGUCUUCCGCACGCAGCUGGCGCACGGGAGCCCCACGGGCAAGAUCGAGGGCUUCACCAACGUCCGCGAGCUGUACGCCAAGAUCGCCGAGGCCUUCGGGAUCGCGCCCACGGAGAUUUUAUUCUGCACCCUCAACAGCCACAAAGUGGACAUGCAGAAGCUCCUAGGGGGCCAGAUAGGCCUGGAGGAUUUCAUCUUUGCCCACGUGCGAGGCGAGACCAAGGAGGUGGAGGUCACUAAGACAGAGGACGCUCUGGGGCUGACCAUCACGGACAACGGGGCCGGCUACGCCUUCAUCAAGAGAAUCAAGGAAGGCAGUAUCAUCAACCGGAUCGAGGCAGUGUGCGUGGGUGACAGCAUCGAAGCCAUCAACGACCACUCCAUUGUGGGCUGCCGCCACUACGAGGUGGCCAAGAUGCUCCGGGAGCUGCCCAAGUCCCAGCCCUUCACCCUGCGCCUGGUGCAGCCCAAGAGGGCCUUCGAUAUGAUUGGCCAGAGAAGUCGAUCCAGCAAAUGCCCCGUAGAGGCGAAAGUGACCAGUGGGAGGGAGACCCUGCGGCUUCGUUCUGGGGGGGCUGCCACAGUGGAGGAAGCGCCCAGUGAGUUUGAGGAGGAGGCAUCCCAGAAGGUUGAUGACCUGCUGGAAAGCUACAUGGGCAUUCGGGACCCCGAGCUGGGUAAGGGGCCAGGCGUCCACCAUGGUGGAGACGUCCAAGAAGACAGUGAGCGUCCAGGAGUUUGCGCGCCGUUUAGACUCCGUCUUGGGCGAGUUCGCCUUCCCCGACGAGUUUGUGGUGGAGGUGUGGGCCGCCAUCAGCGAGGCCAGGGAGGCCUGUGGCUAGUCUGCCCUGGGGGAGCCCAGCACAGCCCCAGCCUGGAGCCCCGCCCCCUGCCCCAGCCCUGCUCCAGAACCCAGCCCAGAUCGGAGGCCAAGUUCCUCUCUAGAGCCCAAUCCAAUUUGGAGCCCCAGCCCAGCUCCAGAACCCAGCCCUUCUCUAGAAUCCAGCCCAGGUCUGAGGCCAAGCUUUGUGCUAGAGCCCAGGCCAGCUCUGAGACCAAGCCCAGCAUUGAGAACAAGCUGUGUUCUAAAACUCAGGCCAGCCCUGAGACCAAGCCCAGCUCUAGAACCCAGAUGAGCUUUGAGACCAUGCCCAGCUCUAGAACCCAGAUGGGCUCUGAGACCAUGCCCAGCUUGAGAACCCAGAUGGGCUCUGAGACCGAGCCCAGCAUAGAGACCAAGCCCUGUUCUAGAACUCAGGCCACCUCUGAGGCUAAACUCAGCUGUAGAACCCAGAUGGGCUCCGAGACUAAGCUCAGCUCUAGAACUCAGAUGAACUCUGAGACCAAGCCCAGUAUUGAGACCAAGCUCUGUUCUAGAGCCCAGGCCAACCCUGAGGCCAAACUCAGCUCUAGAACCCAGAUGGACUCUGAGACCAUGCCCAGCUCUAGAACCCAGAUGGGCUCUGAGAAUGAGCCCAGCAUUGAGACCAAGCCCUGUUCUAGAACUCAGGCCAGCUCUGAGACCAAGCCCAGCUCUAGAACCCAGAUGGGUUCUGAGACUGAGCCCAGCAUUGAGACCAAGCCCUGUUCUAGAACUCAGGCCAGCUCUGAGACCAAGCCCAACCCUAGAACCCAGAUGAGCUCUGAGACCAGGCCCAGCAUAGAGACCAAGCCCUGUUCUAGAACUCAGGCCACCUCUGAGGCCAAGCCCAGCUCUAGAACUCAGAUGGGCUCUGAGACUAAGCUCAGCUCUGGAACUCAGAUGAACUCUGAGACCAAGCCCAGUAUUGAGACUAAGCCCUGUUCUAGAGCCCAGGCCAGCUCUGAGACCAAGCCCAGUUCUAGAAACCAGAUGAGCUCUGAGACCAAGCCCAGCUCUAGAACCCAGAUAAAUUCUGAGACCAAGCCCAGCAUUGAGAACAAGCCCUGUUCUAGAACUCAGGCCACCUCUGAGGCCAAGCCCAGCUCUAGAACUCAGGUCAGCUCUGAGGCCAAGCCCAGCUCUAGAACUCAGGCCAGCCCUGAGACCAAGCCCAGCUCUAGAACCCAGAUAAGCUCUGAGACCAAACCCAGCACUGAGACCAAGCCCUGUUCUAGAACUCAGGCCACCUCUGAGACCAAGCCCAGCUCUAGAACCCAGAUGAGAUCUGAGACCAAGCCCUGCUCUGAAGCCCAGGCCAGUUCUGAGAUGAAGCUCAUCUCUAGAAUCCAACUGAGCCCUGACAACAAGCCAAGCUCUGGAACCCAGACAAAUUUUAAGACCCAGACCAGCUUGGAGACCAAUCCCAGUUCCAGAAUCCAGGCUAGUUCGGAGACCAAGCCCUGCUGGAAAACUCGAGCUGACUCUGGAACUCUGGACAGCUCCACAAUGCAGCCACACCUGGACACUCGGUCUGGCUCCAGAACCCCAGUUAAUUUUGGAACCCAUGUGAGAUUCAUGAAGCAGCCCAGCUCUGGAACCCCAGCCAGCUCAGGAUUCAGAGACAGCUCCCAAACCAAAUCCUAUUCAAGAACUCAGACCAGCUCAGAAACCCAGGUCCACACAACUGCCCAGUCCAGAUCCCAAGCCCAGUUGCAUCCAAGUACCCAUCCCCAUCCUGCAGCCCAGUCCAGUGCCAGUGAUGAUUCCAGCUCUGAGACUGAGCCCAGCUCUAGAACCUCACCUAGUGCUACAACCAGGCCCAACUCCAGGAUUCAGACCAGCUCUGGAACCCCAUCCAUCUUGGAAGCAAGGCCCAGCUCCAGCACACAGCUUGGUGCCAAGCCCCACUCUCCCUACAGAAUGCAGGCCAGCUCUAGAAUGCAGACCAAUUUCAAGGCCUGGCCAAGCUCCAAAGCUCAAUCCAGGCCAGGCACUGCACUCAACUCUAGUACUCUGCUCAGUUCUGGAGCACAGGCUGGUUCUGAAAUCCCAGCCAGCUCCAAAACACAGACAGUGGCUGAGACCCAGCCAAGUUCCAGAAUCCAACUAAGCUCUGGAGUCCUACCUAGUCCUGGGACCCAGGCCAUCACAGCAACAGAGUUAAGCUCCACAGCCCUGUCUAGUUCUGACAGCAGGCCCAGCUCCAGGACCCAGCGCUGCCCAGGAGCUCGACCAGCCUCUGGGACUCAAUUCGCCUCUAAAACCCUUCCAGGUUCUAGAUACCAGCUCCAGACCACAGCCCCAGACAGCUCUGGUAUUCAACUAGACUUUGGGAAGCAGAUCAACUCUGGAAGUCAGCCUAGCUUUGGCACUCAGCCCAGCUCUGGGACCCAGAUAAGCUCAAGAAUUCAAGCCAGCUCUGGAAGUCAGCUUAGUUUUGGAACGCAGCUGAUUAUUGGAGUCCAUCCCAGCUCCAGAACUCAGACCGGUUCUGGAAACCAGCUCAGCUCUGGGACCCAGGCCCGUGCAAGAAUUCAGCUCAGCCUUGGAGCGCAUCUUAGCUCCAGAACCCAGUCCAGUCCUGAGACCGGGCUCAGCUCUGAGGUUCAGCCCAGCUCUGGAACCCAGAUCAGCUCUGGGAUUCAGUUCAGCUCUGAAACCCAGGUCAGCUCAAGAAUUCAGCCCGACUCCUUAAAGUCCAGAACCCAGUCCAGCUCCGAGACUGGGCUCAGCUCUGAAACCCAGACUGGCUCAAGAAUUCAGCCCAGCCCUGGAGCCCACCUUAGUUCUGGAACCCAGUCCAGUUCCAGAACUCACAUCAGUUCAAGAAUCUGGCUGAGCCCUAGAAAUGGGCUCUCCCCACAGACCCCUGGCCUUGACCCUAGAAUCCAGCUUGAGGCCCCUGCCGCAACCCAACCUCAGCCCCCAGGCCCACCCCGCAGAGACCCCACCCCAGCCCCUAGCAAAGACCCCCAGCCUCUGCCUCAGCCCCAAGAGCAGGUGCGUGGCACCCAGGCCAGCCUUGGCCCCAUCCCAGGCUUAUCCCCAGUCUCCUACCUGGCCCCUCAGCCACAGGUCUCCUCAACCCCCCAGAAGCCAGCCGUCUCUCCCAAGCCCCAGGUGGGACCCCAGAAAUCCACCCCACGCACCAUAUCUGUCACUCUUAGUCCUGCCCCCAGAGGCCUCCUGAGUUCCCAGCUGUCUGAGUCCCCAGCUCUGGCGCCUGCCCCUUCCCCAACUCUGGAGGAGCCAGGGCCCCACCCUUACCGCGAGGGGUCGUAGUUUGGCUGUGACCUAGCCCUGACUCAUGUGGUUCUCACCCUCUCCUGUCCCUGCCAGCCUGGGCCCCCCAGAAGCAGCAAGUGACCUUAUUUCCCCAGCAGGUGGUGGUGGAGGGGGGUGGUGAAAACAGGGGCUUUGGUUUCACCCGCCCUGGCUCAGAUCCAGGUUCUUGGAGGGAAAAGGAGGGCAGGAGACAGGUUGCACCGCAUGUACCCUGAGGGCUCAUGGUGAAUAAAGGCACCUUCCAUCUCUGCA